AUGCUGCCUCAAGCGAUGCUGAAUUCGAUAGCAUCUGACGAUAUCGCUGGCGAGACACCAACUGUGGAAUGUGUACGAUGUCGACUUCGUGAAGAAACGUUCACACGUAACGUUGGAGUCGGAGCCUGUGCCGUCUCGGACAAGGUCUGCAUUGAGUGUGAUAAGGCCACCCCGGAUGAAGUGGAUGAGAACGAUGCACCUGGUUUCAAGCCCGAAAGGGAUGACACACGUUCGAAGGAGUUUGAUCAUGCUAGAGCCACUGCCAUAAAGAAAUUACUCACAUCGGAGCAGAAACAACCAUUUGUGAGGGGCAAUGCUGUAUCAAAAAGUGCUCGCUUUGAACGAAAGAAAGGCGAUGAUUUGGAGUAUAUCACGGAGAAAAGCAAGUCAGUGUCAUCAUCACCAUGUGCUCCUGCAACUACACCAUCCGGUGAAACUUCAGAUGCUUUGAAGAACAAAGUUGUGCUGAAAAAGGAAAUCCCUCUACCUCCGUCUAACCUACCAGACCCUAUCCCGGCAAGGAUACCUCGACCAAAAAUUAGCAAAUAUGCUUUACCUGAGGAAAGCGCAGAAACACCAGAUGAGGAGGAGGAAGCUGCGGAUCGCCUUACACCAUUGCGCAGUGAACUGAGAAGUCUUGGAAGGUGGCCUCGUUCAAAUACGCAAGUACCAUAUUCGCCAUAUAAGGCGGGAAGUGAGUCUGACGAAGAUUCAGACGAUUCCGAAGGAAGCUACGAUACUCAUGAAGAUGGCGUAGAUCAUGAAGAUUCUCCUUAUGAAAUCUCAACACCGAUGCGUGAAGCCAUGGAAAGUCUGAACUCGCAUCUCAUUCAGCCUGGUACAAUCACUUCAGAAACAGCGGACUGGGCGCUGAAGUAUGUACAACAUGAAUGGCUAAAAUGUGCAGCACGAAAGAACAGCCAAGCUGAAGCCGUUGACAUAUUGAUAGAGCAGCUAAGAGAACUGUCACCAGCUCUUCUCAAAGUUGUUGUGAACAUAACGGACCAAAACGGCAACACAGCGCUUCACUAUGCAGUAUCUCAUGGAAACUUUGGUGUCGUUUCGUCACUGCUCGACUCCGGUGAAUGUCAACUGAAUCUGGCAAAUCGAGCUGGCUACUCGGCCGUAAUGUUGGCUGCACUCAGCUCGCUGGAAAAUGACGUUGAAAAAGCGGUCGUGCAACGGUGUGUGUGAUU